AUGAUUAGUCUCUGCAAGGAGGUGCAGCGCCUUCUCGAGGCGGAGCCCCGCCACGGGUCGAUGACCUCCCCUUGCUACGUCUUCGGCGACCUCCACGGGAACUUCCGCGACCUUUUCUACUUCAUGGACAACCUCAUCUCCUUCCAGGACCUCCGCUACACCCCGCACAACUUCAUCUUCCUCGGUGACUACGUGGAUCGAGGGGAGUUUAGCGUCGAGGUGCUCGCGUACGUCUUCGCGAUGAAGGCGCUGGCGCCGCGAAAGGUGCUACUCCUCCGCGGCAACCACGAGGACACCCUCGUCAGCGGCGACGUCGGCGGCUAUGGCCGGACGAGCUUCCGCGCGCAAUGCCAUUCCCUCUUAGGCAACGCCUUGGGGGAGGAGCUGUGGGGGUGCGCGAGUGAGGCUUUCGCGCGACUUCCCCUCACCGCGACCCUGGACGGGCGGAUCUUCUGCACCCACGGGGGCAUUCCGCGGUAUGGCGGGGGGGAGGAUACGCGGCUGGCGGUCCUCCAGUCAGCGGAUUUUCCCCCGAUUCUGUCAUUCUUCGACGUCCCUGCCGGGGAGUCGCCGUGGCGGCGGCAGUGCCGGCAGGCCGGGAUGGACACCUGCUGGGCGGAUCCGGCCGAGGAGGAGGGCGGGCUCGACAAGUGGGGCUUCGGCGCGAGUCCGCGCGGUGCGGGGGUCCUCCUCUUCGGCAGCCAAGCCGUCGACGACUUUCUCGACCACUUCAACUUCGAGCUCAUCUUCCGCGCGCACCAGGAGAAGAGCGAUGGGCUCAAGCUCAGCAAGAGCGCGCGUGUCUUCACGAUCUUCAGCACAAGCGCGUACGUCGGGCACCAAAACGGCGCGGGCGUCGUUCUCGUCGCGGAUAAUAAGAUACGGCUUAUCGUGAAGUCCGCCGACACCUGCAACGGGGAGUACGUCUACGAGGACGCGAAUUUGCGCGUGGAGGCGUUAAAAGCAAAGGAUGAGGAUGGGGACGGUUGA